CUGCUCACCCUGUAGAUUCUGUCGUCAGCGAGCUGUCGCAGAAUACGGGCGUUGGGAAAUAAUCGGACUGGUUCUUGGAAUUGUCGAACUCAAGGGAAGUAAAACACAGCGAGACAUUGGAACCAGACGAACAACUCAACGAAAGUCUGUUUUCACACAAUCACGAUCGACACAGGAAGCAAGACAAUUGUGAAAAUGGUUGACAUUCUGAAGAAUAUUGGAAAUAACCUGACACCAAACCAACUCCCACCACCUCAGGUGCUACCCAGUGGUCCUGAAUUGGUGCAAUAUGUGGAAAAUGGUCCUUUGAACCAAAGCAUAGCGAAAAUGCUUACACAGAAUAGUGCCGGAGUACAGGAAAUGCUCAAAGCAAAGUUCAAGUUCCUGGGUGCGACAGAGAUCGUGACUGGUGUAAUCGGCAUGAUCAUUGGAAUAGUGAAAAUGUGCAUUUUGUCAAGUCGAAAUCGCUUCUAUGACUUUGCCCUAGUAAUCGGGACACCCUGGUGGACUGGAGUUCUAUUUGUUACUGCAGGGUCACUUGCUCUAGCUGUUGAGAGAAUACCAACUGUAUCUAUGAUCAGAGGCUGUAUAACAUUUCACAUCAUCAGUGCCAUUUCCUGCUUACCAGCGACAAUAAUAUAUGCCGUAAGCCUUGCAUUUGAACCAUAUUGCUAUUAUUCAGCUUCCUGUUCUCAAUAUGAGGGUGCAAUUGCAUGUUUUGCCAUACUUCUCCUGUUGACACUGCUUAAUGCAGCAAUAUCUAUUGCAGUCUCAAGCUUCAACUGCAAAGCUCUGAACUGUUGUGGCACAACAUCAGUGCCAAUUAUUGUUGUGUACAACAACACAUCUGAACAACUGGUUCCGUUGCAGCAGUUAUAUGCGAACACUCAUCCCUAAAUUGUGACAGCAAUGAAAAAUAUGUGCACUGAAUAAUAGCUUCUGUCGAAAUUCUGAUUAGAACAAAUUACUACAUCUGAGUUUGGUGCAACAUUAUUCUUAUGUGUGUAAAUAUGCAGAAUUUUGUUCAUUUUGUUCCUGUGUUAGUUUCAUGAUGUCACCAAGGCCUCAUGUGCUUCCUAGUCUUGUUUGGUUCAAUCACCCAAAGAGUCAACUACUUACGGUGAGCUACAUUUCUGUAUAGGCAAUGUAAUAUGUGUGGUAGACAGGUGGGAGAAGUAAGAGUCGAUAAAGUGUGGCGCUGAAAAAGGCACAGCAGGUCAGGCAGCAUCUGAGGACCAACAGAGUCAAUAUUUCAGGCAUAAUCCUUCAAUAGGACCAGUCCUGUUAGGCCUGAAACAUUGGCUGUCUUGCCCUCAGAUGCUGCCUAACUAGUUAUGCCUUUUCCACCACCACACUUUAUCAACUAUGACUGUCCGGCAUCUGCAGUCCUCACUAUCUCUGAGGUGAGAGAAGUGGGCAGGCUUCCUACAGUGUAAGGAAUUAGCAAACCAAUUCUAUUGUUCCAAUCACCCAGACAUUUAAUAGCAAUUUAAUUUUAAUAUAUUCAAUUCAAUUUGAUGACUUGCUGUAAUGUCUGCACCAUGCCAAUGUACUAUUUAUAUAAAUACUUGGUUUUCUCUAUCAAGCCUACAAUCAAGCAACCUUCCAUUUCUUUAGUCUACCUCUUAGGAGUGGACCACACAUUAUACACAUCCACAUUCAUUGAAAAUAUAACAAAAAACUGUUUUUUUUUUACUUGCAGACAAACUUGCAUCAAAAGUCAAAACCCAUAGCACAGUGCUAGUCCAACACAUUCAAAAAAAAAAGCAAACUGUUACUCAACCAUAAAAUGUAAACUGCAAGAGGAUCCAAUAACAAAUAGAAUCAAGUCUCUCCAGUAGCCUGGAGAGGAAAGUCAUAAUGUUAAUCAUAAUAUUAAAUUCAAAAAUUGUAAUUGAGACAUUUAUAAAACAGUUCAGAAUAAAGUAAACCAAAAUGUAUUAAAUAAUAAUAUUCACUAAGUUAACUCAAGAUAUCAAUAAAAAUCAUCUAUGCAUUUUAUAAAUGAUGCACAAAAUAAUUUGAACAUGUUAAUAACUAACCAUAAAACCAAUAAACAGACAAAGAUGAACAAAGGGAAUUACAUUUCUUUUGGACUAGUUCAACUCAGAGAUUAUUUUAUUCUGCUAUAGUUCAACAGAUUUGUUAACUUGAGAUUCACCAAUCUCCCUCGUGUUUCACCUUAGCAGGGUACCAUGCUGUAGUCCUGAACAAAGAAUAAUAUGAAAGUGAUAAAGGAAUGGUUUAGAAAUUAAUGCUGUUUUUCAAUCAACUUCAAUCAUAUAUAAUGGGGAUGAUGGAAGAGACUCCUCUGCAAAUUAUGCUUCUAUGACAUGGCCUGGAUUUUCUGAUAUUGCUGUAUUUAGUAAAUGUGCACAUAGAUAAAAUCUCUAUUUUUCAGACUUUGAAAAUACUGAAUGGUGUAACAAUAAACAUACAAUGUAUUUCAUGGCAA